AUGAAGGAAGUCGACCAAUCAACAGGAAAAGAUCUCAAUCCCGCUGAAGCCCCUCUAGCAGCAGAUGCUGUUGGUGUGAGCAAUUUGCGUAAUCCUGAGGCACCAUGGGCCAACCCUGAAGUUUCAGGGCCUUCGAGCGCUAUAGCAGCAACCACCAGUGGAAAAAGCCGAGUUCGGAUGUCAACACCGGAAAGAUGGGAAUGGCAGCAAAUGGUUGGCGCUGGAGUGGUUACCAACCUGGAUCGUCCUGAUUUUGAUGAAGAUUCCGGUGUGCUGAAAGGAGAAGAAGAAGAAAGUGACGGUGAAGAUUAUGAAGUUGAACUUGUCGAAGAAGAGCCUGAAUUUCUUCGUGGAUACGGUAAAGGCAACCAGGAAAUUGAACCUGUGAAAGUAGUGAAGAAUCCUGAUGGAAGCAUGGCACAAGCGGCUCUAAUGCAGAGCGCUCUGUCAAAAGAGCGGCGAGAGGCGAAGAUACAAGCACAACGGGAAAAGGAUGGUGAGCAGAGCACGGGUUUACGGUCUACCAGCUCCAGAAUCUUAGAUCCAAUGCAAGAGCGUGAAGUUGAUAACGACGAUGCUAGAUCGAUCAGAAGAGACAGAGAUAUGCCAGAUUGGAUGAAGCAUGUCACAGCUGGAGGAAAGGCAACAUAUGGAAAGCGCACAACUCUGAGUAUCAAGGAACAGAGAGAAUCUUUACCGAUAUUCACGUUGAAAAAGGCAUUGAUCCAGGCAAUGAAUGACAACCAAAUUCUCGUGGUCAUUGGUGAAACUGGCUCCGGCAAAACUACGCAGAUUACGCAAUAUGCUGUUGAAGCUGGUUUUGCACGAAAGGGUAAAAUUGGCUGUACCCAGCCAAGACGUGUAGCUGCAAUGUCUGUGGCGAAACGUGUUGCCGAAGAGUUUGGUGCCAAACUUGGUCAGGAAGUUGGAUACACUAUUCGUUUUGAAGAUUGUACGAGUCAGGAUACCAUCAUCAAAUACAUGACUGACGGUAUGCUGCUACGCGAAUGUCUAGUAGACCCGGAUCUAAUGUCGUAUUCGUUGAUAAUGUUGGAUGAAGCUCACGAAAGGACCAUUAAUACCGAUGUGCUAUUCGGUUUGCUGAAGGCAGCUGCGAAAAAACGACCUGAUCUCAAACUGAUCAUAACAAGUGCUACCUUGGAUGCCGUCAAAUUCUCCGAGUACUUUCUGGAGGCCCCUAUUUUCACAAUUCCUGGAAGAACAUUCCCUGUCGAAAUAUUGUAUACAAGAGAACCAGAAACCGACUAUUUGGAUGCUGCCCACAUAACGGUUAUGCAGAUUCACUUAACUGAACCUCCCGGAGACAUCCUUGUUUUCCUUACUGGACAGGAGGAAAUCGACACUUCUUGUGAAGUUUUGUAUGAACGAAUGAAAGCGCUUGGACCCGACGUUCCUGAGCUGCUUAUUUUGCCAGUGUACGGAGCUUUGCCUUCUGAAAUGCAAACCCGUAUAUUCGAUCCCGCUCCUCCAGGAAAACGAAAGGUUGUGAUUGCUACGAAUAUCGCAGAGACGUCAUUGACUAUUGAUGGCAUAUACUUCGUAGUUGACCCUGGCUUUGUUAAACAGAAAAUAUACAACCCCAAGAGCGGGAUGGAUUCACUGGUGGUCACACCAAUCAGUCAAGCUGCGGCCAAACAGCGCGCUGGACGUGCAGGACGGACAGGACCCGGCAAGUGUUAUCGACUUUACACGGAACGAGCUUACAGAGAUGAGAUGCUUCCGACGCCUGUUCCUGAAAUACAGCGGACAAAUCUCGCUUCAACAUUGCUGUCCCUCAAAGCCAUGGGUAUCAACAACCUCAUUGAUUUUGAUUUCAUGGAUGCUCCUCCUCUGGAUUCCAUGAUAACUGCUCUCCAUCAACUUCACACUUUAUCCGCGCUGGAUGGUGACGGCUUGCUGACAAAACUCGGUCGGCGAAUGGCAGAGUUCCCAUUGGAGCCAUCCCUGGCAAAGCUGCUCAUCAUGUCUGUAGAACUGGGAUGUUCUGAUGAAGUCCUGACUAUUGUUUCAAUGCUCUCUGUUCAGAACGUUUUUUACCGACCUAAGGCGGAUCAGAAAAAAGCAAAGUUUCAUCAACCAGAGGGCGACCAUAUGACGCUCUUAGCGUGUACAAUUCCUGAAGCAUCAUCACUUCAGUCAGCCGUGGUGCUUCGAAAACUAUGUACAAAUAAGAACUCUCAAAGCGGCGCAGGACAUACGGAAGCAAUUUACUCGGUAUCAUGGACCGCCACAAGCUGGACCUGGUCAGUUGCGGUCGCGACGUCCAGAGGAAUUCAGAAGGCCAUCUGUUCGGGUUUCUUCAAGAAUGCGGCGAAACGAGAUCCUCAGGUUAACCGAACUCUCGUGGAUGGGCAGAACGUUUUCAUCCACCCCUCAUCUGCGUUGUUCCAGAAUCAGCCAGAAAUGGUUGUGUACAUGAACUUGUUAUGA